CCGCUCGAGAGGCACACGUGUUACACGCUCUCACGGUCGAACCAUCGCAUCGUCGGCUUUCGCGUCCUUCCAUCAGUCGAGGGAAAACUCGUGGAAAAGCGUAGAGACGCGAACCGAUCGAACCGACUCUUUCGAAACAGUGUCGCAAACGAAAUCGUCACGGGUUUGUUGGUACGCGAAUUUUUUUCUCCCAUCUUCGAGCUGACACGUAGUUCAAAACGACGACAUCGUGCCAAUUCGGCAAUUUGUUUAUUCUUCACUCUCGCCUUGACAGCGGUUCGCGGCGUGUGCACGCCUUGUGAAAUCGGAGUGAAUAUUUUUUUUAAAGAAGAUACAGUGAACGUGGGUGGAUCGGUGAAAUUUCAAACAGUUUAAAUUGUGUUUUCGUUAUUUUUUAUUUUUUUUCCUCUUCUAAAUGAACAAGCGGUGUUAAGUUUGGACGCGAUGUUUGAACGGCGAUUUGUAGGUGACGAAAAUUGCUUUACAUUGUGGUUUUAGGGAACAAAGCAAACAAUGCAUCAGAAAAUAUCAAUAAGAUUUCGGCCGAGCCAAAAAAACAUCCUGAGAAAAUUAACACUUUCGAUGAGGAAGUGAAGAAAAUUUAUUGAAGGAUCGUCAGAGAAGAUUAUCGAGAGGAGAAAUUAAUUUCAAGACAAAAGAAUUGAGUGUGCUAAUUAGUGAUCUGUCCAACGGAGCAUUCACGAGCUCCAGUCGUGUUUUGAAGGAAAAGCUAGUUGGUCGAGGAGACAUGAUUCGAGACGGUACAUUGGCUCUGUUUGUGCUCGUUAAUCAGUUCAAUUGAAUAACGUAUUAAUACGUCGGGUUCAUCGCAACGGGUUAAUCACAAUGUCCACGCCGGACACGAUGGACACCAUCGAUGAAGCGGAGCAGGCAUGGCACGAGAUGCUGGAGUGCGAGACCGGAUCCUUAUUGGGUCGAGUGGCCGAUCUCGAGAGGCAAUCCUUGGCGCAGAGGGACGAGAUAGUUUGUCUUCGCGCUACUCUCGCGGAUGCGCUUAGGCGAAUUGCACAGUUGGAAGGACGCGAGAAAAGGGAGGACGAGAGGAACGAGAGGAGAAAUGAAAGGAUGGUGUCCUCGCCCCUAAGAAAUGGACAUGCACCGCUUAGAACAGGUAAUCAAAAUUCGGUGCCCCAAAAAGACAUACGUUUACGUCAAACCAGUACUUCGUGCCUGAGGAAUUCUUCUUCCUCAGGAUCUUCUCAGGAUGUACGAGAUUCUCUCUCCAGUCCACGUAGACCAGUCAGUUAUACACAUUCAUCACAACUUCCUCAGAGAAGGUCAGUUCAUUACCAAUCAACGGGUUCGUUACACUCGGACAGUCCCAGUAGUAGUAGUGUUUCCCCGGUGCCAUCGCCAAGUCCUAGAGCCACACCACUGCCAGUAGCCAGAUCACCAACAGCAAGAUCAAACGGACCCCCGAAAAGCAGUUUAAGAAGGGCGAAGCGGUGGUCGUCGACGGGGGAUUUUACUCAUUCCCCUCAAAAUCAAGGAAGCAAUUCACAACUUGUCAGCAGUAGAUUAUCAGCCUCCACCAAGUCUCUGUUCAACCUCUUCAAGCCCCCUGCGACGAACAACGUGAAACAUGGUACCAGAGACAUGCAGCACAACGAGGAGGAAAGCACCGUCCGUAUGUACCUGCGGGGACGACCCGUCGUCCUCUACGUUCCGACACCUUUAAUGGAGUCCUACGACCUUCACAAAGUCAGCACACCGCCCCAAAGCAAACUGAAACUCGACUGGGUAUACGGUUACCGAGGCAGGGAUUGUCGAAGUAAUUUACAUCUUCUACCAACUGGAGAAAUUGUAUAUUUCGUCGCAGCAGUGGUGGUCUUGUACAAUAUGGAAGAACACAGCCAAAGACAUUACCUGGGUCAUACCGACGAUAUCAAAUGCAUAGCAAUUCAUCCCAAUAAAUUAGUGGUAGCCACUGGACAAGUAUGCGGAACUGAUAGACGAGAUGCGAUGCCACACAUAAGAAUAUGGCAUACGGUCAGCUUGACUACUCUUUCUGUAAUUGGUAACGGGGAAUUCGAUGGAUCGAUUUGCUGUCUCUCGUUUUCGAAAGCAGACGGUGGGAAUUACUUGUGUGCAAUUGAUGAAACGCCAGAUCACAACAUUUCUAUUUGGGACUGGCAAAAGGGAGAGCGAGGUACCAAGGUGAUCGAAACGAAGUGCUCCGUCGAUACGGUGGUAUGCGCUGAGUGGCAUCCUCUGGAACGGAACCACAUUGUAUCCUGUGGAAAGGGACACGUGUCCUUCUGGACUCUCGAUAACGGAGACGUUUUAUACAAACGAAUGGGCAUUUUGGAAAGCAGGGAAAAACCGAGAUACUUCACUUGCGUGGCUUUCAGUCAAAAUGGCGAUAUCCUUACUGGUGAUAGUAAUGGUAACAUCAUCGUUUGGGGCAGAGGUACAAGUACUGUGUCUAAGAUAGUAAGGAAUAUCCAUGAAGGCCCUAUAUUUUCAAUUUGCGUGCUGAAAGAUGGUUUUAUCGUUACCGGCGGCGGCAAAGAUGGUAAAAUACUGUACUUCGACGAUUCUUUAAAUUCGACGGGAGAAGAAGCACAGAUUGAAGAUCAUUUUGGAGGAAUCCGAACACUAGCAGAAGGCAGAGGCUCACAAUUGUUGAUCGGUACAACAAGAAAUUGCAUUUUGCUCGGUGAUGUAGGAAUCGGUUUCAAUCCAGCCAUGUUGGGACAUGCCGAGGAAGUUUGGGGCCUCGCUGCUCAUCCAACUUUACCACAAUUUGCAACAGCUGGCCAUGAUAGGCUAUUGCAAAUGUGGGAUAGUCUCAGUCACACUGUUGUCUGGAGCAAAGAUAUUGGGGAACAGGCACAGAGUAUUGGAUUUUCACCAGAUGGUAGUGUGAUGGUAGUUGGAUGUACCUCCGGAAAGUGGUUAGCAAUCGACAGUGAAACUCGAGAACUAUAUACUCACCACAGCGAUGGAACAGAAUCCAUUCAGGUCGUUCAGUUUUCACCAGAUGGUACACUAUUAGCACUUGGCUCCAGAGAUAAUUACAUUUAUAUCUACCAAGGAAAUGAAGAUGCAACCAAGUACAGUCGAGUUGGGCGAUGUAUGGGACAUUCCAGUUUUAUAACUCAUCUGGACUGGUCAGUGGAUGGACAAUAUUUACGUAGCAAUAGCGGAGACUACGAGCUACUGUAUUGGAAUCCUGGAGUUUGUCGUCAAAUACCUCAAUCAUCUAUCAUGAGGGACGUAGACUGGGCAACUCAUACUUGUGUUAUAUCCUUCGAAACUAUUGGAAUAUGGCCCGAAGGUGCAGAUGGCACAGACGUGAACAAUUGCACUCGUAGCAACGAUUCAAAAUUGCUGGCAACUGGAGAUGAUUUCGGAAAGGUCAAGCUGUUCUCUUAUCCUGCUUGUCAACCGAAGUCGUUGUGUCAUACGUACGGUGGCCACUCCAGUCACGUUACAAAUGUAUCGUUCCUCCAAGACGACACACGAUUGAUUUCCACCGGUGGAAGCGACACCAGCGUUCUUCAGUGGAUUGUAAAUUACUAACUUUACCUAACCGAGGAUGUGCACAUCAAAUCUUUAAAACUUUUUUCAAUAAAAGUACAAAUUUCAAGAAAA